AAAAAGAUAGUUUUUUGUGCUUAGAACUGCUGCUUUUAGUGAAAUUAGAAUUUAGUGAAUGUUUCAAAUUUUCAAACUUAACAAGAUGGAUAACCUUAAUGGACAAGCACUUACAAAUGGCCAAGGUCAUCUAAAAGGAUCAUUUUGUCAUGACGAGCGCAUAAUGAAGAACGGAAGCAGCAGUAAUUCGAGUUCACCGUCCUCAAUGCCUCACAUACCAUACGAAAAGAGUAAAAUGAUAGACAUAACACGUGACAAACCGAUUAAGAUAACUGUACGUGUUGCCGUGCCAGUUCGUGACCAUCCAAAGUUUAAUUUCGUUGGAAAGCUAUUGGGACCAAAAGGCAACUCACUUAAGAGACUACAGGAAGACACAAUGUGCAAAAUGUCAGUUCUUGGACGUGGAUCGAUGAGGGAUAGGAAAAAGGAAGAAGAAUUGAGACUAAGUGGAGAAUACAAAUAUUCACAUUUAUCAGAGGACCUGCACGUAGAGAUACAAACAUUUGCACCACCUGCUGAAGCUCAUGCAAGAAUUGCUUAUGCUCUAGCUGAAGUUAGACGAUUUCUUGUUCCCGAUCAUCAUGAUGACAUCAGACAAGAGCAGAAAUGGGAAAUGCAGGCACUUAGUACAACAACACAAAACAACAGUUUAAGUAGUGCGAGCAGUAGCAACAGUAAUAGCAGCACAGAUGACACACAUGAGCAUAAUAAUAGCAUUAUUAUGGAACAAUCGUCAGGGGCGUCAUCAACAGCAGUCAGUGAAACAGGGAUGUUAACAGAUCAACAUUGUUACAGCAUGGACAAUUGUAGUUCCGCAUCUUCAAUUAUAUCUAACGGAUGUCACCAACAGCAACAACAGCAACAGCAACAGCAUCUUCAACAACCGCAACAACAUAACAAUAACAACACAAUAGCAAUUAACAAUAAUAACUGUGAUACGAUAAAAAAUAAUAAUCAACCAUUAACAGCAGCAAAAGCAACACCUCUGGAAUUAGCAAAUGACGUAGAAGCCGUUCCAGCUGCUGUAGCAUUAAUCGAUCAGCAAAAUGCUCUUUUGAGAGGCGUCAAUAUCGCCGGCUCAAUAGGACGAAAGAGACCGCUAUUGUGCAGCACAAUCAACAACAUAACAAAUCCAACAAAACGAACAGUAAUGACACUUUUAGCCCGCGCAAAAGCCGCAAAUGCAUUGCACGGCUUCCAUCCAAACGGUCCAUCAAUUACCGAUAGUCUACAGCUUCUAGCGUCACCUUUGAUCAUACCACCCACUUUGGAGCAUGUAUUGCAUGCAAAUAGUGCCAUACCAACAUUACAACAGGCAACGAAAAACAAUCCACAGUCAAUCAAACAGGAAAAUUUACUUCAGGGUGCAUAAAUAAUAUCGUCACUCACGUGUACUCUUCCAGCAUAAGAAAUUACUUCAAAUAAAGAAAUAACGCACGAAUGAAUGUUGGGUAGGUAAGGUGACUCCUCAACAAUUCACAAAGAACACAUUGAUACACACAUAUUCGUAAUCGUAAUGUUAGCUCGGUCGCUUCGGGCGUAAAUUUUUUUCAAUUCUUUCUCUUUUCUUUUUUUUUUGUUCCUUAUAAAAAUCAACAUUGUGGAUUAAAUUUUCAUCUUUUUUUCCCUUCUUUUAUUCUGUCUCUGUCGUUCAACCUCCGAGAUUCUCGAUGAGAGAAAUACAUUUACACAAUUUUUGCUCGUUUUGAUGUACGUAAUCGUGUAUAAGGCUUACAGAAGGAAUAUACAAAAUUUUAGAGAUACUUCCUUUCCAGAGGCGUAUUAAGAAAAUUCUAGAGAAGGGGGGGGGGGGGGUUAAUUUUUUUGAAAAGAAUGUUUAACUUGGUUUUGAGAUCAAAAGCCCUAGAAAAUUUAAAAUACCCUCUUGAAAUACGUCCCUGUUCCUUAAAAAAUGUUCCUUUGUAAAUAUGCAGACACAGGUGAAAUUAAAGAGGAUUUAUGAUUUCGAAAUUCUUCCUUUUCCAGCUUUUCUUCUCUCUCACUUACUCUUUUGUGUUUGUUAAAGCUAGCACGAAAUUGACGAUUAAGCCUGGAUGCAGGCAGUUACAAAGGUGGAGAAAAUUAUUUAUAACAUUUUUUUGAGGAUUUUUUUGUGUCCUUGUGGAGAUGCUUUGUGGAAUUUUGAGGAUAUUAAGGGGGUUUUGGAAUAUUUAUAGGACGAUUGACUUUUAAGGAACUUAGGUUCAGUAUGAUGAUGUAAAGGGAGGAUACGUAGGAGGUUCAAUAAUUUUGAAUUGAUAAAAAUAUUCAUUAAAGUCAUCUUGAGAUGGCAUUUGAAAGGUUAUGAUUAGUUUUGUUAAAGAAAUGAGUAAGAUUUUAAAAUUUAAUAAAGUUUUUGAUGGCUAUGGACUAGAUUACUAUCUAAAGCUACACAUUUAA